AUGACAUUCAGUUGGGGUGUCAUGAAGUCCUAUCUGCCUCGAAUACGAUUCCUCACAGUGCACUAUGCCUACUUCAUCGGAGUGUCCCUCGUCACCUCCGCUAUCCUCUGGGGUAGCUCCACUCCGGCCUACAGCGUACGAUACAUUGACGCGUUGUUUUUGACGGUCAGCGCGAUGACCCUCGCUGGUCUGAACACAGUCAACCUGUCUACACUAAACACCUUCCAGCAGAUCCUGCUGUUUUUUCUGAUAAUGGCUGGGUCCACGAUAUGGGUCUCGAUUGCAGUAGUUUUGGUCCGCAAGAGAGCGUUUGAGAAGAGAUUUGAAGAGAUCGUGCAAGAAGAAACUCUCCGGCGAAAGAGGCUCCGAAAAAUGUCCAGUAUUGGCCGUCGAAUGUCCUGGACGCGCUCUUUAUCGCGACAAACAAUCGACUCGCAGCCGGAUAGAAUUCCAAACUCCACAACCUUCUCGCUCCAGCCCAUCAAGUCACGGACCAAGAGCCUGGGGCAAAUUUCAAGAAAUGGUUCAGCUCACAGCAGACAAUCUAGCCAGCAAGCAGAUGAUACUCAACCAAUGACUAGAUAUCAAACUGGAUCUGUAGGCACUGGCGAAAGAAUACCGGAUGAAGCCUCUCCUGGGGAGCCAGAUGACGAAGCAACUGAUGCUCACAUCGCAUUUACCCAUGACGUACGGGAUAGGCCCGAGGAAUCCCCCUCGAGCCCAGUACGCCGACGCAUGCGUCCUCCGUACAUCAACGUCCAGAGCAUGGCCGCUGCCCAGAACGGGCUAGAGGAAGGCGGACAUGGCGGGGACUUUGAUGGAGAGGCUGACAGUCAUCUGCACUUUCUACGCAAAUUCAGUCGCAAUUCCUCGUUUCAUCAUCUGAGUGAAAGAGAACGCGAAAGGCUCGGCGGUGCAGAGUAUCGAGCUGUGUCUCUAUUGUCUAUCAUUGUUCCACUUUACUUUCUGCUAUGGCAAGUUCUCGGCGGGAUUGGGGUCGCUGCGUACGUUGCAAGGAACAAAGCUGCCGUGGCUAGGUCGAACGGACUGAAUCCUUGGUGGACGGGCUUCUUUUUCGCCAUUUCUGCUUUCAACAAUUCUGGGAUGAGCGUGCUUGAUGCGAAUAUGGUUCCCUUCCAAAGGUCAACGUAUAUGCUAAUCACGAUGGGCCUUCUCAUGCUCGCUGGCAACACGUGUUAUCCAGUAUUUUUGCGGUGGAUAUUAUGCGCUUUACGCUUCCUUCUGCCUCAGGGCGAGUAUUUUCACUAUUUUCGAGAGACCUUGACGUUCCUCCUGGAUCAUCCACGCCGUUGCUACACGACUUUGUUUCCUUCUGCACAUACCUGGUGGCUUCUACUCUCUGUGCUCGUAUUGAACGGAAUCGAUUGGGUGGCGUACGAAAUCCUCAAUUACAACAAUCCAGCAGUCGAUAUCGUCCCAGUCGGUCCACGUGUGCUGGACGGCCUCUUCCAAGCACUUUGCGUUCGAAGUGGAGGCUUCUACAUAACCAACAUUUCCGCCCUCCAAAUAGGAACGCAGAUGAUCUAUGUGGUAAUGAUGUACAUUUCCGUGUACCCUGUUGUCAUUACGAUGCGCCACUCCAACAUCUACGAAGAAAGGAGCCUAGGAAUCUAUGCCGACGACCCUACCGUGGGCGAAGCCAGCGAGACCUCUUCACUGAGCUCCUCUCUAUCACACCAACCCCCCUCCCCGGGACGACUGUAUUUCAUCAAGCACCAACUCCGCGCACAGAUGGCAUACGACCUGUGGUGGAUCGCUCUGGCCGUCAUAAUAAUUUGCAUUGUGGAAGCCGGCCAGUUCACCCGGGAUCCAAUUACAUACUCGGCUUUCAACAUCAUCUUCGAGACCGUCAGUGCGUACGGCUGUGUCGGGAUCAGUACAGGCCUUCCGAACCAAUUCUAUAGUUUUUCUGGGGGCUGGCGUACCUUGAGCAAACUUGUUCUUUGUGCUGUGAUGAUCAGAGGGCGUCAUCGAGCUCUGCCGGUGGCUAUUGAUAAGGCCAUUAUGCUGCCUAGUGAAAAGCUUGCUAAAGCGGAGGAGGAAGAUGCUUUGAUUAGAAUGGAGCGGACGAUGACCCGAACGACUCGAUGA